UUUUUUAGCCUAGCGGUAACUUGGAUGCAACCUUGUUGAAGCCAACCCCUACAUUCAUCAGUGAGUGAUCCGUCUCUACGACAACAAGGCAUACACAAAUAGGGUCUCAUUGUCCCAGUUGAAGCCAUUCAGAUGCCACUUACAGCCGUGCCAAGUCCAGAACUGGUAAAAUAUACGCUUAUUUAUUUAACUUGACAAUUUCAAGCAUUGAAGCUGUUCUAAAACAGCACUUAAUGUACAAGAUAGCGAUUAAAUCAUCUUGUCUAUCUGAAAGAAAAAUUAUCUAUUAUUUGUUGCAUUCCUCUGUAUGCAUGUCAUUUUACAGAUGGGUGAAUAAUCUCUCACCACUUUUGAAGUGACCUUGACUUCUUUUACCAUGCCAACCAAAUCCAGGUCUCAAAGUUCUCAGCCCGCCAAGAAGACUGGGGGUCCAAAAACACCCAAAAAGAGGUCGCCCAGUGCCAAAUCCACCAAGACAGAUGUGGACCUCCUCAGCCCAGCAGCCAUGGAGAACGUCUACUACAUUUCCCACAAUGCAAUGGACUGUCUGCAGUUCAGAGGCUUUGGAUGGCCAAAUUCAAAUAAAAAGAAGACGAAUAAGAAAAGAACAAAGCGCAAGAAGAAAAAGUAAAUUAUUAUAUAUUCUUUUGCCAAAUAUAAUGAAUAUUCUACAUUUUUGGCAAAAAUGUGUAACAUUAAUGCCUUGUAAUGGCGCCAUCUUGUGUACACUUUUAUUGACAACCCAUGUGUACCAAGUACUUGGUGCUAGAACCAGUGCAAAGCAGAUAUAAAAAUGUAUGUAUUGUCUUUUUC